AUGCCAAGACCUUCGUACGAAGAUGUAGGUAGACCUUCAAGCGUUCGAUCCACUGAGUCCAUGCGCUCUAGCCGCGGGUACCCUCGAAUAAGAAGAGCACAGGUCAUACACGGUCUGGAUCCAAAGCCAGGCGAGAUUGGAGCUUGGUCUUCACUUGCCGGAAGCACUGAGCUCUUCGACUUUGACUAUUCCUCACGCUUCAAGAAAGCUGAGCAAGAGAAGACCUUGGAAGAUCAGCUGAAACAAGCUGGGAGUAUGAAGACGAAGAUUGAAGUGAACUGUAGAGAAUUUGCGUCAAAGGGGCAGACUACAUCCGAUCCCUAUUUUGCCUUACAUGGCCUUCACCCAAGUUCCUCUAACUUCGACAUUGUGCAAGUGGCGACAACGUGCUUAGUUGCUUUUAACAAUCUUGCUCGGUCGGAUGCUAUCUUCGGCUCAUCAGCUAGGGUAACCAUCAACAGUUCAUACUACCCCUACCGCGAGUCCUGCGUUGCAGUCGUUCCAUCCACCGAACUCCUCUCGCCUCUUGAGUCCCUUGAGCGCGCUCGUGCGGUCUCUGGCGGUCUGUCACGAGUCUGGUGUGAGGUCUCAACUGCUUCACCCAAUAUAGACUCUCACAUGACUGUCCCUCUGAGCUGGGAAGAUUUCAAGAGCGCUCGAAGACCCGUUACAUGCGUGCAAGCGAUCCAUGACGGCAGCCACAUGAUCGACGACAAGGCUACGGAGAGCUGCGCGAAACACCCCAGUAUGAUCUCCAAGGAGGUUGAAGCUCUGUUUCAUCGCUUUGACUACGAACCCUUCAAUGGCGAAGAACAGGGCUUGACAACCAAGAGUGGUGUCUCUUGA